UCCAUUCCCGUUGAAGGGACAUUAAAAUCAAUUCAAACAUAAUUGUAUCCAGAAAUGCCAUCCCCUGACGAUUCUACAGUCGUUAAAUAUCUGGUUCGAACAACAUUUGCUGGUGGCGAUGGACUAUGGCGCAAUAUUCACAUCAUACGCCCUCAUGGUAAUAAUAUUUUUGCUCUUUAUAAAUUGAAUGGCAUUCCCUGUGAACCUCCACAUCAAUGGCGGCAGGCGUUUAUUGUCUGGGUGGCUUGUGCAGAUGAGCACUAUUCCAAUGCCAUUGGAACACAAACAAAACCCAAGCAUCUAUAUUGAUAUCCUCUGUAGAGAAAACAGAUUGAAGGAGGCGUUGAGCAUUUUGCAGAGAUCCGUAUGUGUGGACUGCAGCAGCUAUGGCAGCCUGUUUGUGGCCUGUGGGAACCUCAAAGCGCUGCGAGAAACUAAGCAAGUCCACACCCACAUGAUUGCAAGUGGCGCUCAAAAUGCAGUAGAUGCUUAUACAGAAUCCAAACUGUUAACUGCCUAUGCCAAGUGUGGGAGUUUGUCUGAUGCCAUCUUAGUUUUUUCAAACAUACCAACAAAAAAUUUCUUUAGCUGGAAUGCCAUGAUCAGAGCAUUUUCAUGCCAUGGUUCCUUAACAGAUGUCCUUGAAUUUGUAAGCCAUAUGCAAAGACAAGGAGUUCUCCCCGACAAUUAUACAUUCCCUUGUAUUCUCAAAGCCUGUGGUGCGUUAGAAGCUGUGGAUUAUGGUCAGGAGAUUCAUGGUUUUAUUGUGAGAAGUGGGCUUCAGUCCGAUGUCUUCGCGGGUAAUGCCCUCUUGGGUAUGUAUGCCAGAUGCGGGAGAAUUGGGGAUGCACGCAGAGUGUUUGACAAAAUGUCUGUAAGAGAUUUGGUUUCCUGGAAUUCUGUAAUAGCUGGGUAUGCUCAGAAUGGCUACUUUGAUCACGCACUGCAUCUUUUUCGUCAAAUGUUGUUGAUGGGUGUGAAACCAAACUCCAUUACCAUUGCGAGUGUUCUUCCAGCAUGUGCAUAUUCGGGAUAUUUACUGCAGGGCAAGGAGAUUCAUAGUUUUAUAAAGAUUAGUGGAAUUCAGACAGAUACUUUGAUGUGGAAUGCCUUGAUAACUUUGUAUGCUAAGUGUGGGAGUUUAGAUGAAGCACGCCAUGUGUUUGAUACAAUGCUUGAUACUGAUGUAGUUUCGUGGAAUGCAAUGAUCGCAGGUUAUGCUCAGAAUGGGUGUUUUGAGGAGUCUGUGAAACUUUUUCAUCGAAUGGAGAUUUUGGGAGAAAAACCAAAUGCUAGCACUUGGAAUGGAAUGAUUGCAGGAUGUGCUCUAAAAGGGCAAUGUAGUGAAGCUUUGAGAAUAUUUAGGGAAAUGCGAUUAAGAAAUGAAAAACCUAAUUCAGUCACCAUUACCAGUCUUCUACCAGCAUGUGCUGAUACAGCAGCUCUGCAACAUGGCAAAGAGAUCCAUUGUUACAUAACCAAAAGUGACUUGGGGUCAAAUGUCUUUGUUGGAACUGCCCUCAUAGAUAUGUAUGCGAAAUGUGGGAGCAUAGAGAAUGCAUACCAGAUUUUUGAUAAAUUCUGUCACAAAAAUAAAAAUUGUGUAUUGUGGACUGCAAUGAUGUCUGGGUAUGCUAUGCAUGGUCGUGGCGAGGAGACUCUGGCGCUCUUCUAUCAAAUGAAAAAUGCAGGCAUAAAGCCAGACUAUAUUACUUUCACUGCAGUUCUAUCUGCUUGUGGUCAUGCAGGCCUGGCAGAUGAAGGCUGGUUAUGCUUUAACAGCAUGAGUGAAGAUUAUUAUAUCACACCCACUGUGGAGCACUAUGCAUGUAUGGUGGACCUACUUGGGCGAGCUGGUCAUCUGAACGAGGCAUAUACUUUAAUCAAAACCAUGCCAGUAAAGCCUGAUGCUAGUGUUUGGGGUGCAUUGCUCGCUGCAAGCAGAAUCCAUCACAAUGUACGGCUAGGAGAGCAAGCAGCAGGGCGGCUUUUUGAGUUGGAGCCUGAAAAUACUGGAAAUUAUGUCCUGCUUGCAAAUAUAUAUGCUGAAGCUUCCCAAUGGGAUAAUGUGAGAAGACUGAGGAAGUUGAUGAAAGAAAGAGGAGUUUUGAAGAAUCCAGGAUGCAGCUGGAUUGCUGUGAAGAACAGCAUGCAUGCUUUUGUGGUAGGAGAUCGAUCACAUCCUGAAAUUGAGAACAACUAUUCGAGCGUGGAUAACUCGGCCCAGUAAAUGAAAACAGUAAGUGUGUGUGCAUUUUGCCUAGCACAAAUUGUGAGCUGCCUGGAGAAGGUGAAUCUAAUUCAUACGUGAGUCACAUAUUCUAUGUAUCCAUCCCAAGAAACCUGUCUUUCUAAUUCAUGCCUUGGAGUAUCUGUCAGGAUUUCUUUGUGGUGAUUACCCACUUCCUAGAUAUUGUCAGCACUAAUUAUUUUCAGCAACAUCAAGUUCUCAAGUGAAGGGCAGGGGUAUAUCCUCCUGGAUAUGGCGAGCAUUAGUUUGCUCAAAACAGACUAAACGUAAUUAUGGCAUACACUGUGCAUAGACAUCAAAGAAAUCUGGCUUGACAUGGAUUUGCAGAUCCAUUGGAGUUAUUUACAAUUUCAUGGCAUCAGUUGACUACCCCUUCUCCUUGGCAGUUUUGACUUCCACAUUUUUGGGAAUGCCAGCUGCUUUCUUUAUAUGAAGACUUUUGGUAUUCAGAGAUUUAUUCAACUGGGCUGGGUCAAGUGUUUGAGAUUGGGUGUCACACAGUGGAUUCAUGUACCAUAGAUGUAAAGUUUGAAAACCCUAUAUAUCUCUUGUUAGGGAGCAAGCUUCGUAAUGCUGAGUAGUGCGCUUCUACUCUAGUGUUAAGUCACAGGGUCCGUAUACCAAUCAUCUUAUACAACUCAUUGGAAAUAUUGUAAGGAUUCAAAAGACCAUUCCAAUUGAAUUUACUUGCACUGGUAAGGUUUUU